AUGUAUGGUCACACAAACACCAUAUUCUCACGCGCCGCCGAAUUCCUCGGCCAGUCCACGUCACCCGACUCCACACUCCCGUUAACUCUCCCUUCAGCUCCGUUACUGACUCCAAACUUGCUCAUCCCCGACCAGUUUAACGUGGCCGAGUUCGACUCGGUCCCCGCGCUGAACUCGGAGGUCGGAAACAGUAGUAGCUGUAGUGGGUGCAGUAGCUACGGCUCGCCCAGUUCGCUGGCGAGCCAUUGCACUCAGAGCCUGAGCCAGAGGCCGGCUUUCAUUCAGAGAAGCGUGAGCAGCCACUCGCUCAUGAAGAACGGCUUCCGCCAACUCUUCUCGUCGGCUCCCGAGUUUCUCGACUCCGACGCCGGUCCCUUCAGGAGGGUUUUCAGUACCGGAGAUUUGCAGAGAAUUCAUAUGGUGCAACACAGUCAUCGAUCAGAUAGUCCGUUGUCGAAUGAGAACAGUAUCAUCAUCGAAAGUAUGAGCAAGGCGUGUCGGUAUAGUCCUGAGGAGAAAAAGGAGAGGAUUGAGAGAUAUAGAAGCAAGAGAAACCAAAGAAAUUUCAACAAGAAGAUUAAGUAUGCAUGUAGGAAAACAUUGGCAGACAGCCGACCACGCAUCAGAGGACGGUUUGCAAGGAACGAUGAAAUUGAACAUCAUCAUCAGAAGAGUUGUGAAGCUGAUCAACAAAGCCAUAUAGGUGGGGAAGAGGAUGAGGAGGAAGAUGAUGAUUGGAUCAACUUUAUUGCCACAUUCUCAGCAAAUAUGGCUCCUUAAAAUCCUGACAGUCCAUAUAUGUUGGGACAAUUAUAUUGUCGCUUUUAUCCUUCCUCGUUAGUACUAUGAUUUAUUCUAAGUGUGCUUCAAAGUAGGUGAUCAUCAUCAUGUACAUGUACAUAUAGGGGUUGAUUGCAUUAAUAUUGUUGUUCAAUAUCAUGUAUUUGGCAAGGCUUGA